UUAUUACAGAGAAAGAAGAAGGCAUUCAACGGAGUAAGAGUGAGGAGGAGAAGAAGGGGCGAUUGAAGGCAGCAGAAGUGCUUCCGUACUCCUCUCAUUUCUCUGCCCGAUCUUGUCCUGUCUUCGCAAUCUAACAUCCUCGACACUCUCGAACUCUCCGCCGAGAAUUUCAGCCGCCAUGUUUGCCCUAAGCGGAAGCAAUUUUCUGAACAAUCCUGUAUUGGGAGGAUUGACUUACUCAAAUCAAAGAAAGACAGCAGCAGCUUCACGAUCGAUCGUUGCUUGCGUGAGUUCAAAUGGAAAACCAGAGGCGGCGGCAGCGGCGGCAAACGUUGGUGUCUUAACCGAUAAUAGCUCGAAGGAGACGAUGGAAACCCCUUCCUCGUUAUCAUCGCCGCCAUUGAUCGAUAACGAAUCUAAACCGACCGUCUGCGGCGGCGUCCAGGACGUCUACGGUGAGGAUAGCGCCACGCAGGAUCAGUACAUCACGCCUUGGACAGUCACUGUUGCAAGUGGAUAUCCAUUGUUGCGUGACCCUCAUUACAACAAGGGCCUCGCCUUUACGGAGAAGGAAAGGGAUGCUCACUUCUUACGUGGUCUUCUCCCGCCCGUGGUUAUAAGCCAAGAUAUCCAAGUUAAAAAGAUGAUGAGCAACAUGCGCCAAUAUCAAGUCCCGCUACAAAGAUACAUGGCUAUGAUGGAUCUUCAGGAAAGAAAUGAACGACUGUUUUACAAGCUUCUAAUUGAUAAUGUUGAAGAGUUGCUACCUGUUGUCUACACUCCGACAGUUGGCGAAGCAUGUCAGAAAUAUGGUAGCAUCUUCAGACAACCUCAGGGCCUCUUCAUCAGCCUGAAAGAAAAGGGAAGAAUUCUUGAGGUGCUGAGGAAUUGGCCCGAGAAGAAGAUUCAAGUAAUCGUCGUAACAGAUGGGGAGAGGAUUUUGGGACUCGGAGAUCUUGGCUGUCAGGGGAUGGGAAUACCUGUCGGAAAACUUUCACUGUAUUCAGCUCUCGGUGGCAUUCGACCUUCUGCUUGCUUGCCGGUGACUAUUGAUGUUGGAACGAACAACGAGCAGCUGUUAAACGACGAGUUUUAUAUUGGUCUUAGAAGGAGGAGAGCAACUGGGCAGGAGUAUUCUGAGCUGUUCGACGAAUUUAUGUCAGCAGUGAAGCAAAAUUAUGGAGAAAAAGUUCUUAUUCAGUUCGAAGAUUUUGCAAAUCACAAUGCUUUUGAUCUCCUCACUAAGUACGGCCCGACCCAUCUUGUUUUCAACGAUGAUAUUCAGGGCACAGCAUCGGUAGUUCUUGCCGGGCUUAUGGCGUCGCUUAGAGUGGUUGGGGGUACAUUGUCCGAACAUACUUACCUAUUCCUCGGAGCUGGAGAGGCCGGCACGGGAAUUGCAGAGCUUAUAGCGCUUGAAAUAUCGAAACAGACUGGCGCUCCGUUGAAAGAGGCUCGCAAAAGAAUUUGGCUCGUCGACUCGAAGGGGUUGAUUGUUAGAUCCCGCGUUGAGUCGCUUCAACAUUUUAAGAGACCUUGGGCUCACGAACACGAACCUGUCCGAACUUUGUUAGAUGCUGUGAAGGAAAUUAAGCCCACAAUACUAAUCGGAUCGUCGGGAGCGGGAAGAACCUUCACAAGAGAAGUGAUCGAGGCAAUGGCGUCGUUCAACGAGAAACCGGUUGUUCUUGCCCUCUCGAACCCGACCUCCCAAUCAGAAUGUACUGCCGAAGAAGCUUAUUCAUGGAGUGAGGGUCGAGCAAUUUUCGCUAGCGGGAGCCCGUUCAGUCCCGUCGAAUACGACGGCAAAUUUUAUGCUUCCGGCCAGGCGAAUAAUGCUUACAUUUUUCCUGGAUUCGGGCUCGGCUUGAUAAUAUCUGGCGCCAUACGAGUUCACGACGACAUGCUUCUAGCAGCUUCGGAAGCAUUAGCUGAUCAAGUUAGCCAAGAGAAUUUAGACAAAGGGCUAAUAUACCCGCCCUUUUCGAACAUCAGAAAAAUCUCAGCCGAGAUCGCGACUAGAGUGGCAGCUAAGGCGUAUGAGCUUGGUUUGGCUACUCGGCUCCCGCAGCCAAACAACCUCUUCGCCUACGCGGAAAGCUGUAUGUACAGCCCCAUUUAUCACAAUUACCGUUGAACCAACGACUAACGGAACGGACCUAUCGAUUGCAGCCGUCUCCGAUAUGCAUCGGCGGCACCGCCGUCUUAUCCCGUCGGGUUUUGCUUUUUUUUUUUUUUUUUUUUCCUUACAGUCCUGUUCUGAGAUUAUUCUUAUCUUCUCCGAAACUUUGCAAUUUGUGUGUAGAAAGUAGGAUUAGGUCACUGGAUUAUGUUGCUUGUAAUAAAAUAGGAUUUGUCGAAUGUUGUUGCAAUUUUCAUGUUUAAACAUACACUGUUUUUUUU